AAAUAUGUAUUCAUUAAUGUUUAAGGUAUUUUGAGUAUCAGAACGUCACUAGGAAAUAUGAGAAAAAGAACUGUUAUAAUAAUUUCUGUAGUAGCUGCAGUGAUUGUAGCUGCAGGUUUAAGUGUCUUAAUUUGGUGGUUAGUGACGAGAAAUGAUGGCGAGAUUACGGUCAUUGAUUUGGAAGGAGAAGGUUUCGAUGGUGUCUCACAUUCAGCGGGGUUCACAAGCAUACAAGGAACUGGAGAUUUAUUCUGGUUAUUCUAUCCAACAACAAAUUUUUCAUCAACAAAUAGGCCUAUAAUACUAUUUCUGGAUGGAGUCACGGGGAUUCCGCCUAGUCUAUGGGCAAACUUUGGCAUGUUUGGACCCCUUGAUAUUAAUUUAAAUAGAAGAGAAGAUUCAUGGGUUGAUUCAUAUAACUUGUUAUUUUUUGAUGCGCCAAUGGGCACAGGUUUCAGCACUAUAGAGCGGGAAAACAGAAUUCCCAGAACACUUGAAGGCCAUGCUGAUCUACUGGCAUCUAAUCUUGAGUCGUUUUACAAUCGUCAUAGAACCUACAGCUCUGCGCCUCUUUACAUUAUGGGCGAAGGCCACGGCGCACAACUAGCACUCGGUUUAGCCGAAAAACUGACAAAACCGGAUUUAAACUUUGAACACAAUUUACAAGGAGUUAUUAUUGGCAAUGGAAUAGUAUCACCAGCAUUGGCCCUUAGUAAAUUGGGAUUCUACCUCGAAGAGCUUGGAUAUAUAGACGGCAGAGGGCGCGAAACUAUUGAAACCUUUUCCAGUGAAAUAAACACUUUAGUCAGCGACGAAAACUACGAUGAUGCUUUUGAACAAUUCCUAACUUUGGGCGAAAUUGUCAAUGAUAACGCUGGUGCUAUUGCAGUUAACUUAGGAUACAUCAUCCAAAAAUUAACACGAGAAGAGACUUCUUCAAGAAAUUUUAAUGCCUUCGGAAUGAGAAGUUAUUUACAAAAAGCUUCGCGUGCCCAAAACUUGUACGAGUUCAUGGAGGACACAGUGGCACCAGCUUUGGGUAUCUCCAACGUGGCAUACGACAGCUCUCGAGAAACUGCACUGAACUCUUUCAGGUCCAUAUUGAUGGUUCCUUCAGUAGAAAUAGUGGAACAUUUACUCCAAAAUACAAAUGUCACAGUUUCUAUAUAUAAUGGUAAUUUGGACGCAGUAUCGAACACACCCGGUCAAUUAGAAUGGAUAAACAACUUAGUUUGGAGUGGACGAUUUGAGUUCGAUAACAGCACCCGUCAAACUCUAGUUGUCGACAGACUCGUCCAAGGAUAUUUCAAAGAGACUGCGAAACUAAAAUUCUACUGGAUCAAUGUGGCUGGAGUAUCAGUGCCAUAUGACAGUAGACGUGCCAUGAGAAUAGUCCUUAAUCGAAUAUUUGGUACAAAUUAGUGCAAGAUCGAUUGACCUGGCGUGCCAGUAACAUUCGGAUAACAAUAAACGCCACUUUAUAAUGAUCAUCUUAGAACAAAUAGUUUCAUCAUUAAAUACAUUUUUAAUAUUU